AUGUUUCAAGGACAAGGAGGAGCAUUUGGUGGUGGAGGAGGAGGUAGUGCUUUCGGCUCCAGUGGCAACAAUAGCAAUUCAGCCUUUGGUAGCCAGGCCAAUCCAUUUGGUAGUGGAACAGCAUCUGCAUUUGGAUCAAGUGGAUUUGGAGCUGCUAAACCUGCCACUGCACAAUCUAAUACUCAAUCAGCAUUUGGAGCUACAGGAUUUGGUAAACCAGCAUUUCAAAGUUCACCAGGAAGUUCAUUUGGCAAUCAAAGUGGUGCUGGAGGUGCAUUUGGAUCUUCUGGGUUUGGAUCCAAUUCUUCUGGUUUAAAGAAUACUUCUGCUUUUGGGUCUUCAGGGUUCGGAUCUUCAAACACCUCGUUUGGUAAUACAGGAGCUACUAAUUCUGCAUUUGGUUCAUCAACUAACACAUCAUCUGGAUUUGGAAAUUCAGCAUUUGGUUCUUCUCAAACAUCGAACAAUUCUGCUUUUGGUUCAGGUCAAGCUAACAAUAACUCUGCAUUCGGUGCAUCAAAUAAUAAUAAUAACACAACAUCUGCAUUUGGCUCAACGCCUAACAAUAGUUCACCAUUCGGCACUUUGUCUACUGGUUCUGCCUUUGGUGCUCAAGGAGCCUCUAAUCCAUUUGCUAAAUCAUCUACUACAGCCUCUCCAUUUGGUAACGCAAACAAUAAUAAUGCAUCACUGUCACCAUUUGGAUCUGCCUCUGCUACUAUUACAUCCGCAUUUGGACAACCUACAAAUAAUAACUCGUCGCCUUUUGGAGCUGUUACCAAUAAUAAUUCAUCUUUUGGACAACCUGCAAACAAUACACCUCCUACGUCUGCCUUUGGUCAACCAACUACUUCCAGUUUUGGAGGAUUUACAAACAAUCAGGCAUCAUCUCCAUUUGGUGCUGCACCAGCUACAUCAAACGUAAACUCACUGUCUCCAUUCGGAAGCUCUGGUGCACCUUUUGGAAGUAGCCAAUCAAACAGUGCCCCUGCAACAGCCAAUCCAUUUGGUGCUGAUAAUACGAUCAACGAUACUUCCACCGUUGUUCCGACAAGUGAUGUUAAGUUUGAUGGUUUAGAUCCUACAAUAGUAGCCGCUUUCAAUGCAGCAAAAUUUGAAAUAGGUAAAGUUCCAGAAAUUGCUCCCCCUAGAGUAUUCUGGUAA